UUUUUUUUUUCCCAUGUCCUUGGCCGUCAAGUCCCCGUCAUCCGACACGCGGUGCCAGCUGCACUUGCUGAUUGGCAACAAUUCUCCAGUGCGGUUCAGGUUAACCUCAAAGUCGCACAAUUAUCCCUCGUUUCCCCCACCCCCGACGCCGCGCCGUCGUGCGACAGCAAUCAUGUCUACGUCCCCGACGAACGGCAUCUCGAAGCUAACCGUGGAAGAUGGAGAGGUCAAUGGCGCCGGCGGCAAUGCUGCUGCCGCUGCCAUCGCUACUGCCGCUGCGACCAGCGCUGUGAACGGUGAUGUCGGUGGGGCAGGCGGCUCCCAGACUGCACCCGACGCUCCGACGCGCUCGAGGGGAUUCCGUGGCACCAAGAGCCUCUGCGGCGUCUGCAGCAAGCGUGAAAGCAGUUACAAGUGUCCGCAUUGCGCUGUUGCCUACUGUUCCGUGGCCUGCUCGCAUGUUCACCGCGUAAUACACCCAGAGACAUCGCUACCCCCAAAACCCCCACAACCGGUUCGGCCCGGUGGCGCGCAGCCCCCGAGGCCCGCGCAUAAGCAAUCACAACAGGCUUCUCACCCUUUCAGCGUCCUCGACGACUCACCCGAGUUGAGGAGACUGUUCAAGAAAUACCCCGGCCUACCCUCCGCCCUUGAGGGAAUCCACGAGGCCACUCUCCCUCCGAAGAACGCCCCAACCGGGAUCCAUGCCAUGAUUGACGCCACCCGCAACAAGAAGCAGGAGCCGUGGUCGCCUGACGUGGGCCUGCGCCGCGGUCGCGCCGCGCUGCGCAAGGCCCGAACGGACCCUGGCGAGGACGGCGACGGCGUCCGGGAGUACUGCGAGCUUGUCCGCUACCUGCUGUCGCGAUCCGAUGGCGACGGCAAGGUCAACGACAUUGUCCAUCACGAGGUCGUUCAAGGGGACGUCAAGGUCAUCCGGAAUCUGCAACAACAGGAGUGGACCGACUAGCGAAUAAAACCUAUCUAUACACACAAGCGGCGUUUGAAGCAAAUCCACGAACGUCUGCUGACCUCGACAAUUCGCGUCCAAAAAGAAACAUGGCUCUUGCGAAGAUGUCGUUCAUGGCAGCCACCCAACCCGAUGGUUGAUCGGCCCAAGGUUGUGACCGGCAGCCAGCGCAAGGAACCGGCGCAGACACGAAUGAUGCACGACUCACGAGAAGCUGGGUUGGAAAUUUGUGAAGGAUAUUAAUGUAUUAAAUAGAAGAAUCCACCUUUGGAAGGCUUGGAUAGCUCGGGCGCCUCAUCGAUGGCGCCAUCGAUGGCUACCCCCUUCUCUCCACGACCAUGUUUAGAGUCUUUAUUCCCAAACCUGCCGCGGAGGGUCCAUAUCGAGCUUGGUCGCUUCAGGAGCGGCACGGUCCUGGCCCUCUGGAUCGGCUUUGUCUCAUCGCUUUGGGUCCAGUCGACGCGGUGUUCAGCGGCGUCCUGUGAGGGAUAGUAUUUGGGUGGCGGAGAGUCCUCGCGGCCACCCGGCGAGGCCGGGGGCAUUGGCAGCACGUGGCGACCGUCGCCCGAAUCCUUUUCCCGACACUCCAAGAAAUCACCCGUGCUACUCCUCCUGUUCUUCUGGGCCUGUUGAUUGUGCUGGUGAUGAUGGUCCGGGCCCCCGCCCAGGGCGCCCGUGAAGGUGUGGCGGUGGCUGCGGAUCUGCUGGGCGGCCUGAUCCCUCUCCUCCUCGGCCUCGGCGGCCUCCUCGAGUAUACGCGUGCGCUGGAACUGGUUGCGCUCGUGCAACUGCUCGCGCCUGCUCUGGGCGCGCCGCAGCGCCUUGGUCUGCUCGGCCGGCGGGGCGUUGGGGUCGACGUGGUCGGCCUCGAGGUGGAACUUGAGCGCGUUGCGUGACAGCUUGUGCGUCAGGCCGCCGCCGCCGCCGCCGCCGCCG